AUGAAAUCGCCGCUCGGCAUCGUCUUCGAAGACGUCGACGGCGACAUCGCGGUGGUCGAGUUUUACGACGAGAGCGAUCUGGGACCGCGCGGGCGCGGGAUCAGGGAGGGAGACGUGUUGCGCGCGACGUCGGCGAUGAUUCCGGAGAUGCGGUAUCCAAAGUUGAACGUGAUAGGCGGCGGCGUCGGGCGACCGGGAUGGCGUCGGGUGAUGUACACGUGCGCGUCGUCGCAGGACGGUAACUUGGACGACGUGACGUUCGAUCAGGCGAUGAAAGCGAUCGGGUCGAACGCCAAGGCGGGAAAUUACGACGUCGAGCUCGUGUUUGAACGCCGCGCGUGA